AAACGAAACUUAAAGUGGUCUGUAAUUAGUUCGCAACAUUCAGCGUUUACGAUUGGUUUCUAUUUUCUUUUAUUGCUUAUAUAGUUUUUCCAACACGCGUUACAAAAGUGUAUACAAGUUUCAGGAUCAUCUCGUGUUGUGGAGUUUGUGGAUCUAAACCAUUUGCAGAGGCCACCAGGGAAAACCUAGGAGUAUUGCUGGAGUUUAAUCCGUCUAUUUCAUUUUCGUUUUGCACGCGGAACAGUGUUUAGUCAGUGCACGAGUCUGGGCCUUACCUAGUUUAUCUGUCAAGUUCAUCUGUCUUUUACCUUUAGUUGUUUUUGUGAGGAAGCAGUGCACAGACUAUCCUAUUGCUAUCAUUGUGACAUUACAUCCAGAGAGCUGAGUCUCAUCCUAACACGUCCACAAAGUCAAACGCUACUCCCUCCUCGCCCCCGACCCCUGCGCUAUGAGCAGAGGUAGAGGAGGGUUUAACAAAGAUUGCCAGCGAUUCUCCCUCCCUCCCCAACAGGGAAAACUUCAGUUUCAUUCUCACACGACCACUGGACACCAACGGGGCCCUUGUGUCCCAAGCCCCGGCUCUGUAUCUGGCAACUAUCUGCACCCUUCUCUUAACUCCUCUUACCCGGGUGCUCCUGGCGUGCUUCCACGUGGUCAUCCUUUUCCCCCUAGUCCUUCUGAUUCACCCCUGUGGGCAUCCUCCCACCACAGCAGUGAUCAGAUCUCCCACCCAAAUAGUGUAAGUUUCCGACAAUACCAGGUGCAGUUCCUCAGGGGGCAAAGUGCACAGGCUCCACAGUUCAAAGCACCCCAGCAACAAGGGUCCCAAAUCCCCAGCCAAGGGGAAAAGGUAUCAACUGGGCCUCUCCACUACCAGACAGGUUAUCGAGACUUCAAAACAAGCGGUAACAGUUUCGGAAGAAGAGACUGCUACACGAGGGGCAGAGGAAACUGGCAAAGGGAGCCUAACUUUAACCCCAAGAAAAAGUCGGGGUGGAAUCACCCUCAUCAGAAGGGACAGUAUUAUCCAAAUCAACAGACUAAGCAUUACUGGAAUGCACAGGCAGAUGAUGUGUCCUCUAGCCUUCAUAGUCUGAGUUUAAGUGACCGAAUAACAAGGGUAGACAACUCUGACAUUUUGUCCUGUAGUAGUAUUUCCAGCAAGGUUUUCAGUUCUUCUGGCUCGGUCAGAGAGUCUCUGUAUUUGACCCCAGAGAUCCAGCAACAGGUCUUUGCUUUCUUGACAUCACUCGGGCCAGACGAGACCAUUCAGGCAAGAGCCUUGGGCAAAAAGCUUGGUCUUCCCAAAAAGAUUGUUAAUAAGGCUUUAUAUGCCCUCUUAAAGACAAACCAAGCAGUGAAGCAAGGUGAGGUCCCUCCUCUGUGGAGACUCUGCAAGGAAGAGGACAGUGAGCCAAUCAAAGGAAGAGACCUAUCGCAGUCUUCAAAGGAUUUGGUGAAAGAGCCAGGUCAGAGUUCAUCCAUAAAACAAGAGGCUACAGAGCAUCUCACCAACACCAGUGCUCCCUCUGCAUCACAGAUCCUCGUAGAGGCUGACGGCAAUAUCAGUGACCAGUCGGAGGACUCUGAAGGUGACGUUACCUGUGAAACGUUGAUUCCUGUCCAGGAUCAACAGACUCUUUUACCUGCAGUACAGUUGGUAACCGUGUCAACAAUGGCUGACUCUAAAGAUGGCAAAGAGAAGAUCCUACAGUACCUCUAUGAAGUGGGUUCGGGUAAUUCGCUUGUGAUCUCCAAGAACCUCGGGCUGCGCAGUGCCAAGCAGGUUAAUCCCACACUCUAUGCCAUGGAGAAACAAGGUGAUGUAAGGCGCAACACCGAAGUAACUCCACCUACAUGGUCACUUAGUGCACACCGGCAGGAGAAGAUGGACCGCCAACGAAAAGCUGCGGCGACUGAAAAACGGGCUGUUAACAGUGCCGAGAUGUUUAACUUGGCAGCUGAAGGGAUUGGAGAUGUAGCUGCGGUCAAGUUGGAACCAGAUGAUGAAUAUGAUUUUUCAGGUGAUAUUGGAGCAGUGCCGAUGGAUGGGGGUAAAAAUCCAUUGGUGGAGAUGUUGGACAACAAUAACAUUUUUGGUAACUCAGAGCUUGACAUACCUGGCCUUGAGCCAACACCCCCAAAUCCCAGUGAUCAUUCCUCCUCCAACUUCAGCUCCUUCCAACCUCCUCCCCAUCAGUUCUCAUACUAUCAGGAUACGGCCAGUAAUGGGGGAGAACGUUCACAGUGGGCAUCUGAUGAUAUUCCAGAAUUCCUGAACACGAUCCGCUCUGAGGUCGCUGUUUCAUUGGCUGCUCCCGCUCCCCCAGCUCAAAGCCUGGAGUCAAGCAGAUUCCAGAAACUCAAGGAGGCCCGCAGUAAGAACCCAGUUAGCGGGCUGAUGGAGUUUGCUCAGCAUCUUGGACACACUUGUGAAUUCCUACUUCUGGAGCAGUCUGGACCCUCACAUGAUCCCCGGUUUCGGAUGCAGGUCAUGUUAGAUGGUCGCAGGUUUCCACCAGCUGAGGGUUCAAACAAAAAAGUGGCCAAAAAAGAUGCUGCAGCCGUAACCCUGAAGAUUCUUUGGAAGGAGAUGAAGGGAACAGGUGGAGAUGGAGAUGAAGAGGAAGAAUCGAGCAUGGAGGGAGCUGAGCCAACCACUGACCUGUCAGAUGAAAUGCUAGGUGACACCGAUACUCCGCCCCAGGCUCUUUCUCGGUCUCUACCUGGAGGAAAGAAUCCCGUUUCUGUCCUGAUGGAGCACAGUCAGCGCAGUGGGAAUGCCAUCCAGUUUAUCAAGACAGGACAGGAAGGGCCACCCCAUGAUCCACGGUUUAUGUUCCGUGUUAAGGUUGGGGAACGUUUCUUCCAAGAAGCCUCAGCGCCCAGUAAGAAAGCAGCGAAGCAGCUGGCAGCGGAGGAGGCCGUGAAGGAGCUAAUGGGAGAUGGACUACUACAUCUUAACAAGCCUCCCGGUAAUUUCGUGGCUCUGGCUGACAAUGAGGCUCAACCAGCGAUUCCUGCGUGCCCCUCGCUACCCCCCCUGACGGCAUCUGAGCUCCAGGCGGCACAUGAAGCAGGUGUGGGUGACCUCAUCAACCACCUGAACAACAACGCAGUGUCCGGCCUCCUCGAGUAUGCCCGUGCUCGAGGCUUCGCAGCUGAAAUCCGCCUUGUGGGCCAGUCCGGACUCUCACACGAGCCCAAGUUUACUUACCAGGCUAAAUUGGGAGGGCGGUGGUUUCCUGCAGUGUGUGCUAGUAAUAAGAAGCAGGGGAAGCAGGAGGCAGCUGACGCUGCUCUUCGAGUGCUCAUCGGAGAAGCAGAGAAAGCAGCACGUACUGGAGAGCUUACGCCAGAGUUGCCAGUAUCAGGCAGUACGAUGCAUGAUCAGAUCGCCAUGCUAAGCCAUCAGCGCUUUAAUGCACUCACAGCUCGCAUCCAGCACAGCCUUCUGGGUAGGAAGAUUCUUGCCACCAUUGUUAUGAGAAACGGAUCAGAUACACUUGGAACAGUUGUCAGCCUUGGGACAGGAAACCGCUGUGUUAAGGGAGAGGAGCUUAGUCUUCGAGGGGACACCGUUAAUGACUGCCACGCAGAAAUCAUCUCCAGGAGAGGCUUUAUCCGGUUUUUGUACGGUGAGCUGAUGAAACAUUGGGAAAGCCCUGGUGAUGGGAGUAUUUUUGAGGUGGCAGAUGAUGGCAAGCUGAAGAUCAAAUCUGACAUCACCUUUCAUCUCUAUAUUAGCACUGCUCCAUGUGGCGAUGGUGCUCUGUUCGAUAAGUCGUGCAGCGAGGCUGCUGAAGAAAAUCUCUCUGGACACAUGCCUCUCUUCGAGAACUUAAAACAGGGCAAGCUCAGAACCAAGGUGGAGAACGGUGAAGGCACCAUCCCAGUGGAGUCCAGUGACAUUGUGCCCACCUGGGAUGGCAUUCAGCAUGGUGAGCGCCUGAGGACCAUGAGCUGCAGUGACAAGAUCCUGCGCUGGAAUGUGCUCGGCCUACAGGGGGCGCUUCUUAGCCACUUCAUCCACCCCGUUUAUUUGCGCUCAGUCACUCUUGGGUAUCUCUACAGCCAUGGUCACCUGACUCGAGCUGUAUGUUGCCGAUUGGCUAGAGACGGUGAUGCGUUCAAAAACAGUUUACCAGCAAACUUUACUCUCAACCACCCUGAGGUGGGCAGGGUGAGUGUGUAUGACUCAGCACGCCACACAAACAAGACCAAAGAGUCCAGCGUUAACUGGAGUCACCCGGACGAGAUCAGCGUUGAGGUACUGGAUGGCACCAAGGGCAAAGUGGACAGUACCAAGAUGGAGGUAUCACGGGUUUCCAAGUCCAAUCUGUUCCGUCUCUUCCAAGCUUUGUGUCAGCGUGCAGGGCGAGCCGAUCUGCUGGCACUGCCGUCAUACGCCCACGCUAAGAUGGCUGCCACUUCAUUCCAGGACGCCAAGAGGCUGUUCUUCCUGGCGCUGAACCAACAUGGAUAUGGCUCCUGGAUCGGAAAGCCCUUGGAAGAAAAAAGUUUUGAGGGAGAAGCCAGAGGCAUAGAGCUAAGGGGAGGAACCGCGGACAUGCGGGCUCCGGGUUGCGCAGUUGACCCCAAUAGCUGUUUGAGCUCAAACAACAAUUUACAGUCUGCAGCACAGGGCAUUUAGGGGAUAGAGAGAGAUGAAGAGAGAACAAAUUAAGGGAUGGAUGGAGUGGAAGAGUGCCUGGCAGCAAGAGAGAGAGAGUUGAGGAGGUACAGAGAGGGAGGAACAGGGUAAGCCUGUGGCUUUAUAUUUGAACUUUAACCAUCCUGACAAAGCAGUAACGGAUGCUACCAUGGCAACAGAGCCAUAAACCCAAGGAAAAUUGGACUAGAUGAGACAUGAAGUAGAAUCUUGGCCCUUUUCUGUCUUCUUUUUUUGUGGAAAGUUUUAACUAUAGGGUUUUUUCUUCCCAUUUGUGACCAUCUCAAUACUGUUACACGACUGUGUGGCUACAUAGCUGAGAGAUAAUUCUGUUUCUCACUCUCUCAUAGUCUUUGAUUCGAGUUCUACAAUUAGAUAUUUUUCAUUAAAUAGAGAUUUUUCAUAAUAGGUUUUUUUUGCUAGUCAGGGAUAUAUUUACUGACAUUCAUAUACACUGGUUAUUUGUGAGUUUUGAAGUGUUAGUUCACUCAAAAAUUUCAAUUCUCAUUUACUUGCCCUCAGUGUUCCAAACCUGUAUGACUUUUAUUUUCUUCAGUGAAAGACAUCAAAAAAGAGAUGUUUUGUGUUUUUCAAAAAAAAAGAAAAAAAUAAAUGUAUAAAGGUUUGGAAUGACAUAAGGGUAAAUGAUGACAGAAUUUUCAUUUUUGGGUAAACUAUCAUUUCAAAUUGCUCAUCAUGUACCAACUUGUCAUUUACCUACUUUUUUUAUCCAUUUAAAUGCUCAGUUUGCUUUAAAUCUGCACGGAAUAAACUGCUUCUGUAUUUACUUUAAUUUUAUUUUAUUGUGAAGUUCCACGUACCAACAAUUGACUAGACUGCUUGAAAUAUAUACAUAAUGUACAUACAGAUACAUAUGCACACAGAUGUAUAUAUAAGGUCUGUUGAACGAGUUUAUACAUAUGCGUGUGUGUUUAUGUAUGUGUAUAUAUUGUAUGUAUAUAUUUUGUAAUGAUUCGUAACUUUGAAAUCCAAUUUAUUUUCUAUCUUUUAAUUAUUGGGAUGUAAUUUUAUAUGAGAUGUGUAUGUUCUGUUUUGACUAUCGUUGAUGUGCAUUGUUUGUAAUACGGGCGUGGGGGGCUUGUGGUAGAUAAUGCAUGCAGCCAAACAGUCUACAUUUUGAGUGGUGAAAGGUAUGGGUGAAUGGCAAAAACCAAUCAUAUACACAUUUGUUUGUGUGUGUGUACCUUUGUGGAUCUGAACUAUUUCUUGGAAUAUUAUUUUACCCUUUAUAUUGUAAGCUCAAGUCUGCAUUGCUUGUUUCAUGUUUUCAGACACUGUUAAUUAAUGCACUGCUUCGAGAGUAAAGCAAUAUUAACAUUCUGUUUCUUCUUUCAGCAAAUGUGAAUCUGUAUGCCUCAAACAUUUGUCAUCAAACCAUUGAAGCCUAUUCAAAUUAUUUUAAGACAAGUUCUGUUCUAUUAAAACAGUUUAAAACCAU